AUUUAUUUUACAAAAAUGCUAAGUAUCAUUAUUUGUAUAUUAAAGCACAAAAUUUCUAUGAUUUAAGAGGAGGUGAUAAGAUGAGCACCAAUAAUAGAUAAUUAGAGAGGUAUGAAAAAUUGGAAAAAAUUGGAGAGGGUAAUGCAUAAUUCAAAUGUGUUUAGGAACUUAUGGUGUAGUUUAUAAGGCUCGUGAUUCAGUGACUAAAGAAUUGGUGGCUCUAAAGAAAAUCAAAUUAGAAAAUGAAGAUGAGGGAGUUCCCUCCACUGCUAUGAGAGAGAUAUCAAUUUUGAAAGAACUUUAACCUCAUCCAAAUAUUGUGGGUUUAAAAGAAGUCAUUUAUUAGCCAAAUGAGAAGAAGCUCUACUUAGUUUUUGAAUAUGUCGAGAUGGAUUUUAAAAAAUUCCUUGAUUAAAAUAAACACAAUCUUACAAUUAGUUAAAUCAAAGUAAAUAUUUGAAUUCUAAUAAAUAGCAUUUCACAUUCUAAAUCUUGAAUGGACUUAAUUAUUGUCAUUCCAGAAGAAUCAUUCAUAGAGAUCUUAAACCAUAAAACAUUUUAAUUGAUAAAUCAACUGGGAUUAUUAAAUUGGCGGACUUUGGUUUAGCUAGAGCAUUUGGUGUUCCAAUCAAAACUCUUACCCAUGAAGUAGAAACUCUAUGGUACAGAGCUCCUGAGAUCUUAUUAUCAUAAAAAUAGUAUUCAUUAGGUGUUGACAUGUGGUCUGUGGGAUGUAUACUUACAGAAAUGGUUGAAAAGCAUGGACUAUUUUGUGGUGAUAGUGAAAUUGAUUAAAUCUUUAAGAUAUUCUAAUAUCAUGGUACACCAACUGUUUAAGAUUGGCCAAAUAUAGCAGAUUUACCAGAUUUUAAACCUACUUUUCCUCGUUUUAGACCAACACCACCUGAAUAAUUUUUUAAGAACUUUGAUAAAGUAAUUUUAUUAUCAUAAUGAAUAGGUUGGUUUAGAUUUAGUUACCAAAAUGAUUGCUUUGGAUCCAGCAAAAAGAAUCUAUGUUAAGGAAGCAAUGAAACAUCCUUUCUUUGAUGACCUAAAUAAGGAAGAUCUAGUCAAAUAUUUUCCCCCAGGAUAACAAAACUUGGCUAUGCAAUAUGGAAAAUGAAUUAAUUAAAUAAUAUUAAUAUGGGAU